ACUUGUUUCGGAUUUCGAGCCAGCGUGCCAUUUGUUUGCGCGCAACAUGAUUCUCGCGCGCGUUCAUUUGUGACGCUUACUUGCUAAGUUCAAAUGUUGAAACGUGCAAUUAACGCUCCAAGCGAGCAGGAGACGGGAUGCACUUAUGCUGCGCCAGAGCACUACAGUCGUUGUUGCUUUCUACAUAGUCUUGUUUAGCUCGACGUUCAUCACGAACAAGUAUGUACUCACCGUAGAGAGGUUCGCCUAUCCAGCAAUUUUUCAGUGCUGGCAGGUCCUGGUGGCUGCUGUUGGCUUUGUUAUAGCUGCUAGCUGUUGCAAGUGGAAAUGGCACAUGCAAUGUCUGAUAUUGACUCUUCAGUACAUUUGGAAAACUAUACCUUAUUAUACACUGAGCAUAUAUGCUGGCUCUCGGGCUCUCACAAUCCUUCCUCUCUCCAUAUUUUUGGGCAUCCACAACUCAUUGCUACUUGUCCACUGUGGGUUGGAUCUUGACUUUGGGAAGCAGAGUAUUUUCUUCAGCACUAACCCGAAGGAUUUGGUAGCAUUUACUUCGGUGGCUGUGAGCAGUGUAAUGCUUGUUACCACUGUGCCAAGACUUGCUUUCACAGGAAAUCAAAUCAACUUUAUGCCUAAACUGGGCUUUGGUAGUGCAAUGUGGUGGAUGUUGCUUCAUAUCUGUUGUGCAGGUGUUAUCCUUUCCACUGAAAAGUCUUCAACUGUCUGCAUUAAGACUGAUGCGUUCAACAGACAGAUCAUAUAUGCCACAACAAGUUUUAUUUUACUGUUGCCUGCAAGUUACUUCUUGGGUGAUUUUCAUGCAGUCUUCCUAUACCCCUAUCUUACAUCUCCUGGGUUUUGUUGGUCAUUUGUUUCAAGUGCUGUUUUGGGAUCUUUGCUGUUAAUGCUCCACCCCACGAUUUCAUCUUUAGAAGUUUUCAACCUGAAUUAUAUUGGUCUUGCUAAGGUUAUUGUGUCGGCUAUCUCUCUAUUGUCAUUUGGAGUACCUGCAGUGCCACAAGAUUACCUGUUUUGGACAGUACUGUCACUUCUUGCUGGCAUGUUUGUCCCGAAAGCCGUGGCUUCAGAUGCUGACAGAUGUGUCCUCUCCAACAUUCGACAGUCAAUGCAACAUGUCUGAUUGGCAUGUUCAUGUGUUGUUACCUGCAUGUUCAUUUUGCACUCGGUACUUAGCAGAAACAUCCCUCUCGCAUACUGAAGGGCACUUUGCUUGUUGAAUUUCUUGGCUAUAAGCAUACUUGUUUCCUAAUAAUGUGCAGAAUUAGGCUAAAUAAUAGUUUUAAAAAAACAUUAAAUUUAUGAAAGUCAUUGCAGUUGUCGUAUUUAACUAAAUUAACAGGUUUUAGGCUCUAUGGUGUUAUAAUUACUUAAAACAUGUCUGAUGAAACUUCGAUAUGUUUCAGGGAACAGAUUUCACAAUGGUUAUGUUCAUUUAUCAAUUUUUUAAUUCCCCUCCAUUGGCUUGCACACUCCUGUGCUGGGACUAUCAGCGGGAUUAGCCACUCAGUGCAAUGUCUGAUGAGAAUAGAAUCAAAGAAUAAGCAUCGUUAGGAAAGACAGCCAUAAGCUAGCUCUCUGUUGCUGUUGCUCUGAUAUAUGUUAUGAGAAAAGCUGUCUGACGGCACAAUGUUUUGUGUAAGUAACAUUGUGCAAGAACGUACUUGGAGCAGCUCAUUUGUGAUUCUGAGUAGACAGCUAUUGUCAUUUUAUUUUUAACGUGCUGUAUAGAAUGAAUGCCAAGCAAGUGCAGUAGUUAGGUGUCUUGCAUUGUUAGUUUCUUAAAGGGACACUAAGAGAAAUAUUGAGUGAGACUACUUCAGCGGGUCACACUUCUCAAAUUGCAAAUAUAGACAUAUUUUACAGUGAGCAGCUUUGUUAAGACAGAAAGGAUGCAAAAAGCUCAAGAGUGCUGGUAACACCAUCCUGAAAUUUUUACACUUGCACCCCGUGACAUCAUAGAUUUUUGGCAGUAUCUGCUCAGAGCCCAGUUUAUCAAAAAAAAAAGUUGUGUUGCACUUGAAUGUAUGCUGGUUCGACUGCAUGGGCAACAUCAUUUGCGGACUCAUUUGCUGCACAGAAGGUUCCAGUUAUGCCACUUGCUUCAAAUGCAAUGCAUUAAUAGCAAGAUGGAUGUCUGUCACAUGCACACUAUCAACGACAAUUGAAACCAAGGACCAUUAAAACCUGUGAGCCUUAUUGGCUCCUUUGCGCAAGCUUGUAAAAGGGUGCCAGUGGGGCUUGCAGAUUUCAAUUUUUUUUUUUUCAGUUUGAAUGCUCUUUCAAAACUUGUGUGUGACCGGAAUAUUGUUUACUAAUAUUAAUUCAGUUCUCAGUUCAUUAUUUUUGGGCACAUGUUGCAAUUGCAGAAUUGAAGCUGGUCAGCGCUCGAAGCAUGUCCACUUUGUAGGAAGUGUGAGGUCAGCACUACUUUCAAGACAUUUGUCCUCAGACUGUGAGAAAGUAGUUCACUGUUCCAGCUAGUGCUGUCCCACAUUGUUUUUUGUGAAACUAUUAACUGGAACACCAAUGCUGCAACACCAUCCCCCAAUCCCCACAGAUUUGGGGAUGGAGACUUUGAAACUUGUGCUAUUCUCAGGAUUCCUAUUAAGUGUACACACAUGCAUUGAUCACAGAUUCAAUUCUGCAUUUGCAGCCUGUGUCCUAAAGUUACAAGUUACUUAUCAGAUCUUGGCUAGUUAAGUGAUAGUACCACAAAUUCACUGUUGUCUGCUACUGCUAGUAAUUUGUUGCCACAAAAAGACUUACUCAUAUGCACUACACAGUUGUACAUUAUAUUGCUCUUCUCAUUUGAAACAUGUGGUAUUGUGUUGUGAAAUGUGUGAUGUCACACAUGGUGCUGUCUUUUGGGCGUGAAAUUCUAAAAGGAACUUUGGUCUCAGGACCGAUUUCCAACAGAUUUGGAAAUAGAGUUUAUGAACUGUCUGCCAGUUUAUAUUUAUAUAAUGUUUCUCUUUUGUGUCGCUUUAAGUACGUUUGGAAAUCUUAAGUGCUUCAAACUGACGUCUGUCUAUAUUUUGCUGACAUCACCUAGUUAAGCCUUUCAUCACUGCUUCUUGUGUUACUGCUUAUCUUGCUUCUGCUUGUAAGGGGGUUUUCUAAAGCAAGAACUUUGCGUUGUGGUUUUGUAUCUGUGCUAGUGUUGGUGCUGUUAGGGGUGCCUUUUAAGGAGCCGUUAGGUUGGCUGUUGAAGUCAUUUUAAUUUGUGCAUUCAAAUGUUAGUGAAUCGCACGGUGAUAUUCCAUUUUUCCUGGUGUCUCAAGCCAUGUAAGACCUAUCGGAAGGUUUUUAAGGUGCAAGACUUUUCAGAAGGUUUUUAAGGACUUUUUUUUAUUGUUCCUUUUAUUAGUGGCAUAGAAUGUUUUGCUGCUCCUGUAGCUUGCUUUUGUGUGUUUACCCAUGGUGCUGUGAUUUCCUCUAUGACAUCACAAGGACCCUUGGGAGGAGGGAAAUACACACUCUAGAUAGAGAUGGAAAAGGGGCUCAUUUUGGAUCCCAACUCUCAGAAGAGGUGGACAUUACUUGCACUACAGCUUGCAAAGUCCAGAUAGCUAAAUUAAAGGAUUCAUUAAUAACUUCUUAAUUAUUCACUUAAGGACGCAUGUUGAAAUUAAAAAAUUGAUGCCAAGUAGAGAAGCCAUGUCUGCUUUGCAGAAAUUGUAAGACUAGCACCACUUUUGAAAUAUCCAUCCCAGAAUCUGCUAAACACUGCGUUGAUAUUCUAGUCAAGAUCGUCCCACACUGCUUGAAGGACGCUUUUGGGAAACUGUGAACUGGAAUACCAGUGGUCUUUCAUAGCACAUUUUAAAGAUGGAUAACUCGAAAGUGGUACUUAUCUUAAGAUUUCUGUUUAGCAGACAUGGGCCACUAUCUUGUACGCAUUCAAAAAGCCGACGUUCAGUUUCGUCUCACGCAAUUGCCCCUGGCCACGGCGAUAUCGUGGCCUAGGCUAAUCUAGGCGAAUUGCGUGAGGCAAAACCGAAUGUCGGCUUUUCGAACGUGUACAAGAUAGCGGCUAACUUAGCAGCUUGACUUCACUACUGCUCUGCUAUUGCUACAUUUGCCCUAGAGUAAAUAUAAUUAAAAAGUAUCUGCUUGGACUAUCUAUUGAGACUACUGAAUGCUACUGCUUUUGCUAAUUGUAUUUAAUGGGCAGUUCUAUUCUGUACUUAAAGGAACUGUCUACUGUCUGGAAUGUGUCACGAGGUUACGGUGCUGAAGGUCUUGUUCUAAACACACACAUAUAUAUAUAUUGUUUAAGCUCUUAAAUAAGGAAUUAUAGGCCGGGAUAAUGUAGCGAUUCUAUUCCAAGCCUUUUCCUUUUCGCAUUUUGUCAGUUGCCCGAGCAGCGCUUUGCCUACUUUACCACCAUGAUCGGUGAGUGGUGCAUGAUAAAGGUAUAAAAUAAAGCGAAAAUUUUUUACAAUAUACCAGUCAUAUUUUGGAUUUGACACAAUCACGAAAGGAUUACACAAAUCGACACACAGUGAUAAAAUGCUUGAACGAGAUAAUUUCUCCCACAUGAGAUUAAUAUCUAUGCCUUAGCCGCUGCCUUUACCAAAAGUUGAUUCUUUGCUGCACUGGGGCUUUUCCCCCUCCUGAAAUGGUGCAGCUAUCUGGGAUGCAUUUGAAUGCCGACGAAAAAGAAAGGGGAAAAAAAAAGUGUUUGAAUACAGAUUUUUUGUUUUGCAGAGGCCCGCCCCAAUUUGCAGAUCUCCCUUAUGUUUUUAUACCGCAUAGUUAAACGCUUACAUCGAGUUUCUGUCCUUCAUGUGCAUUUUCGCACUUGCUCUGAAGUUAGUGUUUUGACAUCCAUAAUGAAAGGGGCUUGCAAAUUUAAACAUCAUGUUAAUAAUUUUUAUGUACUCCAGAGAAGCCACUAUGAGUAUAGACACAUAAAAUGAAGAUUUCAAUUGCACGAUGAAAGCAGCGUACCUUAAAUAUAGGUGGACGAUCCAUUUAAGUUAAUCUCUGCCUUGAAGAAAUACAGCUAUGUGAAGCAGUUAGCACUUUUUGAACCUUUGAGUAUUUCUGCAGUGCCACUUUAAAUCAUUGAUAACUCCUCCCCUUCCCUUUCAUUUUUUUCUUCAUUUUUCUUAGCACAUGACUCUGCUUUGUGAGAUCAUUCCCUCAUGAAUAUACAUUGCAUAUUGUGCUUUUGCGUUUGUUUAAUUUUAUGUGCUACAACAGCUUUUAAUAAGUUUGAGCUUGACUGCUGCCAUCCGUGAGUAGUAUAUUGAUAUCGUUGCAACAACUGCAGUAUCACUUGUUUCAAAUAUUUUGAGCUGCCUUUUAAUGACUAUGGUAGUAUAUGCCUCCCGGUAUCUCUAAAAUGGUGACAAAUUACCACAGUGAGUGAAAGGAACUGGGUGAAAGUGUCCUUGUCUUUCGCUCAUGCUGUUAAUUUAUCACCUUGAGUUAGCAACUAGCUGAAACUCAAACUUUAUCUCAUAAAAUAUUGAGGUGAUCACAGGCCAUGUGAGACAAAGGUGUCGCCACUUGAGAUACCAGAUACAAAUUUACGGGAGCAUGUGGUGCCACCAGCUAUGAUGAGUGCCAUUGCCUACUGCCUAAUCUCCCUCUGGAAGCAUUAAAACGUCGUCUGAGGUCAGUGUGGCAAUUCGCCACAGAGACUGACCUCAUGCCAAGUUGCAGCUACUUUUUGAGGUCAGGCUCUCAUAAAGUGUAUUGUAACUCACUCAAAUCCUUUUUUCUUUUGUGUACAUAUACACCUGCGGCCUUCUGAAGCAUUUUAAGCACUGGUAUGCAUUGAGGCUGCAUACAUGUGAAGACACUGUGUACAGUGUGAAUCUAGAAUUGAAAAAGUGUGUUGACCAGUGUCUCGACCAGUGUGCUGAUUUUUUUAUUGUGCGUUGCUACAUUGCUACAUUGCAUUAAUGUCGACAUUCAACGUGAGAUGGGUUCUGCCGGAAUUUUUUAUUAUGCAUAAUGUGAGAAGAACAAGUGCUUUUGUAAGUGUACCUUUAAAGCUCUAAUGCAAUUUUUUUCUUUAUUGCAGUUCAGGUAUAUACUGUGCUAUAUUGUGUUCACAUAUCCUGUUGCUAUUGCGCUGGAAGCUUUUCGUUACAUAUUCAUCUGUUGAGGUUUUCUUACAUGUCAAUGGUGAUUUUUUAACGGCUUUAAUGCCUUUUUUUUUUUUUCUGGCUGUUUAGUUGUUCCAUGUUUAUAGGCUUCAAAGCAUUCUACGUAGUCGUUCAGUGUUUGUGUUGUUGCAACCUAAAUAAUUUGUGCCACUAAGGCCCAAUGUGAUAAGCUCAAAAUAAGUUGUCAAAUCUACUGUGUCGCCAAGGUACUUUUCCAAUGCUUAAAGGGACCAGGGAAAGCUUUUUCUGUUCCCAUUUUCAUGCACUGGGAUUUUUAGUGCCUCUGGAAGCUUGUGAUCAUUUUGUGAAACCUGUGUACCUCGGCUAACUAUUACAUGCUUUGUGAAGCUGGUGUACAGCUAGUGCCAUUUUGUUAUUGAGAACUCUUUGUACCCGUGUGCUACAAAUAAAUAUGUUCAGUUUUUAUGAUG